AUGUCGACAUAUCGAUCGGCAGUUACCGUCACGCCUGCCCCUUCAAAAAAUAGGGACCCCAAACGCCAAAAGAUCCAACAGUACAACAAACGGUAUCAUGUGGGCUAUGAAGUGACCUUUCAUAUAGGUGCCGUGGAUUUUCUGCUGUCCAAAAGCGAAAAUUCUGCUAGUUCACACACCCAGGCACGAAAUGUGCAUAAUGGAUUUUUGAAACGGUCGAAAAUUAUGUAA